AUGGCUGGCGGCGCAACUGUAAAAGAUGUCAAUCCCCAUGACUUUGUUAAAGCCUACGCUGCAUAUUUAAAGCGUGCAGGUAAAUUAGAAGUGCCAAAAUGGGUUGACAUUGUAAAAACUGGUCCAUAUAAAGAAUUGGCUCCAUAUGAUCCGGAUUGGUUUUAUAUUAGGGCCGCUGCUGUUGCACGGCACAUUUAUCUUCGUAAUGGGGUUGGAAUUGGUGCGUUAAAAAAACUUCAUGGAGGUCGUAAAAGAAGAGGAACUCGUCCUUCUCACCAUGCCAAAUCAUCAGGAUCUGUUGCUCGUAAAGUCCUCCAAGCUUUAGAAAAAAUCAAUGUCUUAGAGAAAGAUCCUAAAGGUGGACGUAGGAUCACUCAAAAUGGGCAACAAGAUCUUGAUCGUAUCGCUCAAGCAUGUCUUUCGGUGACGACGGGAGAAUCAUAAAAAAAUAUUUUAAUUAUUCUAAUUUAUAUGUAGAUCAAAAACUUUUAUUUCAAUAUGAGCGAGUCAAAAAGCAUAAGAAUUAAUGACUUUA